GAACACUCUCACCACAUCUCAACAUCCUCGGAAAACGUGUGCAAAGAACAUUCAUAUGCCCGACAUGCAACGACAACGAUGAGCGCGUGUGGAGGCAACACCCAUCUGCAGCUAUCUCACAAUGCCUCACUCCACGAGAGCAUCAUCUCAGACUCGGGUCCAGAGCUUUAAAUUCCCCAGUGACAACCGGACCGCUCUGCGAACGUCAAUGGAGAAGUUCCCAGACCAUAUCGAGUCCCUAGAUGGGACAUCGCCCUAUACAACCUCAAAUCCGACGACCGCAAAUGGUUAUACAGCCAGUCCAGUGUCGGAUGAGAGAUGGCAGCCGAGAAGAGAGAACCAUUUAAAGGGGGCUUCAUGGGCAAAUGGAUCUUCGAGCACAGGAGGUAGACAUGGCAGACAGAAAAGCUUAAGUGAAGCUAUAAGGACAAUAAGAACCAGAAGAGGCAGUGUCAGUGCGAAUGUGCACGAGAUUGGAGAUGCAUUGAAGGCGCCGGUGUCGCCCAUGUUAAUUACCCUUUGUAUUGUAUGGUACACUUCGAGUGCUCUCACAAACACUUCUUCAAAAUCUAUCCUGAAUGCGUUCCCGAAACCAGCGACUCUCACCUUAAUACAAUUCGCAUUCGUCGCCUUCUUCUGCGUCCUCUUCUCCUGGCUAUCCACCGUAUUCCCGAUUCUUCCAAAGAAAAUUCAUGCUCUUCGACACGGCAUUCGGUCUCCUUCACGGGAUGUCAUCAAAACCACACUUCCUUUGGCUAUUUUUCAGAUUGGAGGCCAUUUACUCUCCGCAACGGCAACUACGAAGAUUCCCGUUUCCCUUGUCCACACCAUCAAGGGCCUCUCCCCGCUCUUCACCGUGGUAGCGUACCGCCUCAUAUUUAAUAUUCGCUACCCUGCUGCUACAUACGUCUCUCUCAUUCCUCUUACACUCGGUGUUAUGCUCGCCUGCUCUGCCGAGUUCAAAGGAAACCUUGUAGGGAUUUUCUGCGCCCUACUCGCAGCACUGAUUUUUGUCACCCAAAACAUAUUUUCCAAGCGGUUGUUCAAUGAAGCAGCUCUCGCCGAGGCAUCUGGAAUUCAGUCCCGGAAACUCGACAAAUUGAAUCUCCUCUGUUAUUCUUCAGGACUCGCAUUUCUUCUCACGACACCAUAUUGGUUCAUGUCUGAGGGGUUUACGCUCCUUAAGGACUUCUUGCAUGACGGCUCUCUUGACCUCUCAGCGGGGAAGCCUUCCAUGCCAGCAUUCGAUCACGGCCGCUUGGCACUAGAAUUUGUAUUCAACGGUACAUUCCACUUUGGUCAAAACAUCAUUGCGUUCGUCCUCUUAUCCAUGGUCUCACCCGUCACCUAUUCCGUCGCCUCACUCAUCAAGCGAGUCUUCGUGGUCGUAAUCGCAAUAAUCUGGUUCCAAAAUCCUACAACCAAGAUCCAAGGUCUGGGCAUAGGUUUGACGUUCUUCGGCCUCUAUCUCUACGACCGUGCCAAGGAAGGCAACAAAGCAGACCGAAAAGCAAAGAUGAUGGACGUCAAGGAAGAAUCCAUCUUACCACUUUCCAUCCUUCCAGUAAACGGAAACAGGAUAACCCCACCAGCCUCCCGCUACGAAUCUCCCGUUCGCGGCUACACAAACGGCUACGCCCUCCCCAACAUGAACCGCGGAGACAACGACAAGAAAAGCGAUGACCUAGGCCCGCCUUCGGGGAGAGGAGGCAGGGUCAGAGGAUCGAGUAACGCUGCCUGGCUCCCGGCCGGGACUCGACAAGAAGAGACUUGGAGGCCGAGGGAGUUGGGCGCAGCGCUGAACUCUAAUAAUGGAGUUGGGCUGGGCUUGUCUGUAAAUUGAUGUGUUUUGUAUGUUGGGAUUGGUAUCAUAGAUUGGCGACAUAUAGAUAGAUGGUCGCUUGGACGGGCGUUUGGGGAUCUUGUGUGUACGCUUUUUUGUAUGUAUAGAAUUCGAGAUUUGUUGUCUUGGUUGAUUGUCACUGCUCUCGAAUGACGGUGGAAGGUGUGUUACGAGUUAUCCUUCGUCG